AUGUCUAGCCCCGCAACAUCGAAGAACCUGUGCAGCAGGUGCCACUCGUACUUCGACGAAAAAGACGAAAGCGACAAGUGCGUGUUUCACCCGAAGACUUUCGUCUGCCGCUACCACCCAGAAGGCGACAAGUACUACGCAGCCGUGGAGUUGAACGCUUCGCACAAGGGCUGGCACGGCUACUGCUGGGAGUGCUGCGGAAGCGAAGACAAAGAUGCCCCCGGAUGCGCAUCCGGCCCCCACACAAAAUACUGA